GGCGGCGAGCGUGACCUCACUGGGAGGGGCCAGCACGCAGCUGGGGCUCGGAACCCAGCGCUGAGGGCGCCGUGCCGAGCGGUUCGCAGCGCCGAGAGCGCAAGCCGUGACCGGGAUGGAGCGCUACAAAGCCCUGGAACAGCUGCUGACAGAGCUGGAUGACUUCCUCAAGGUUCUAGACCAGGAGAACCUGAGCAGUGCAGCCUUGGUGAGGAAGAGCGGCCUGGCGGAGCUCCUGCGGCUUUACACCAAGAGCAGUAGUUCUGAUGAGGAGUAUAUUUACAUGAACAAAGUGUCAGUCAACAGGGAGCAGAACUCAGCAUCUCCGCUUGAAGUGCCCGAGGAGCAGGGUCCACUGACCAAUGGGGAGUCCAGCCGGCACUCCUCAGCCCCACAGAAGAGCCUUCCAGAUCUUCCUCCACCCAAGACGAUUCCAGAGCGGAAGCAGCUCACUAUUCCAAAGAUUGAGUCUCCUGAGGGCUACUAUGAAGAGGCUGAGCCAUAUGAUACGUCCAUCAUCGAGGACGGAGAGGCUGUGAGCAGCUCCUAUGAGUCCUACGAUGAAGAGGAGAACAGCAAAGGCAAGGCAGCCCCCUACCAGUGGCCCUCGCCCGAGGCCAGCAUUGAGCUGAUGCGCGACGCCCGCAUCUGUGCCUUCCUGUGGCGCAAGAAGUGGCUGGGCCAGUGGGCCAAGCAGCUCUGUGUGAUCAGGGACACCAGGCUCUUGUGCUACAAAUCAUCCAAAGAUCACAGCCCUCAGCUGGAUGUGAACUUGCUGGGGAGCAGCGUGGUGCACAAGGAGAAACACGUGCGGAAGAAGGAGCACAAGCUGAAGAUCAUGCCGAUGAAUGCCGACGUGAUUGUGCUGGGCCUGCAGAGCAAGGACCAAGCCGAGCAGUGGCUCCGGGUCAUCCAGGAAGUGAGUGGCCUGCCUCAUGAAGGAGCCGCGGAGGGAAACCAGUACACACCAGAUGCCCAGCGCUUGAACUGUCAGAAACCAGAUAUAGCUGAGAAGUACCUGCCAGUUUCAGAGUAUGGGAGCUCCACUGAUGGCCACCCUGAGGUCCCAGAGACCAAAGACGUCAAGAAGAAGUGUUCUGCUGGCCUCAAACUGAGCAACCUGAUGAACCUGGGCAGGAAGAAGUCCACCUCACUGGAGCCCCCAGAGAGAUCCCUCGAGACAUCAAGCUACCUGAAUGUGCUGGUCAACAGCCAGUGGAAAUCACGUUGGUGCUUUGUUAGAGACAGCCACCUGCACUUCUACCAGGACCGGAACCGGAACAAGGUGGCCCAGCAGCCCCUCAGUUUGGUGGGCUGUGAAGUGGUUCCAGACCCCUGCCCCGACCACCUGUACUCCUUCCGCAUCCUCCACAAUGGCGAGGAACUGGCCAAGCUUGAGGCCAAGUCCUCAGAGGAGAUGGGCCACUGGCUAGGCCUCCUGCUCUCAGAAUCAGGCUCCAAGACAGACCCAGAGGAGUUCACCUAUGACUAUGUGGACGCAGAAAGGGUUUCCUGUAUUGUGAGUGCGGCCAAAACCUCUCUCUUACUGAUGCAGAGAAAGUUCUCAGAACCCAACACAUACAUUGACGGCCUGCCCAGUCGGGACUGCCCAGAAGAGCUGUACGAUGACGUCAUGUCGGAGUCAAUGGCAGUGGUAGAGCCUGCUGAGGAGGCUGUCCCUGCUGUAGAUGCUAACAGUGAGAGUGAGCUCGACCGAGUGUACCUGGAUCUCACCCCUGUCAAGUCCUUCCUGCACGGUCCCAGUGAUGGACAGGCAGAGGCCUCUCUCCCAGCGUUGCCACAGCUGGAUGACCUAGCUGAGACCCUCACAGUAGACCCAGACCCUGGCUUCACUCCAGACGAGCCCCACACAGGGUCUCCAGAAAGCCUGGAGGAGCAGCAGAGGCCGCUGGAGAGUCAGGAGUCCUCAGAGCCCUUGGAGCCCACCUUGAGAAUCCCCACAGUCAAACUGCAGGCCGAGCAGCAGAGAAUCUCCUUCCCAGGCAACUGCCUGGACACCGUGGUUUCUGCCCCCACCAGUGCCAGCCCGCCUGUGAAGGACAAGCUGAGGGUGACCAGCGCAGAGAUCAAACUUGGGAAGAACCGGACCGAGGCCGAGGUGAAGCGGUAUACGGAGGAGAAGGAGAGGCUGGAGAGGAAGAAGGAGGAGAUCCGGGGGCACCUGGCUCAGCUUCGCAGAGACAAGCGGGAACUCAAAGAGAUGCUGCUGAGAUGCACAGAUAAGGGGGUCUUGGCCAACCUGGAGCAGAAGCUGAAGAGAGUGGAUGAGGAGUGUCGGAUCGAGGAGAGCAGACUUGUGGACCUUGAGCUCAACAUCAUGGAGGUGAAGGACAACCUGAAGAAGGCUGAGGCUGGACCCGUGACACUGGGUACAGCUGUGGAUACCACCCACCUGGACAACAUGAGCCCUCGCGCACAGCCCAAAGCUGCCACCCCCACCCCUACCCCAGACUCUACCCCAGUCAACUCUGCCUCUGUGCUCAAGAACAGGCCUCUUUCCAUCAUGGUCACAGGCAAAGGCACCGUCCUACAGAAAGCCAAGGAAUGGGAGAAGAAAGGAGCCAGUUAGGAAACACAAAUCAACCACCUAAAGACUCUGUGUCAAUGUGGACCUUGGUGACAAUCCUGCUUCCGUCAAGUCAUCGAUAAACAGCCCCUCUGAGGAAGGGUGAGUCUGUGCAGAAGAAAAGCAAGGAAUGAGGUGCCGUGCAUGGAGCUUCGGUCAGAAGGAGGCAUUGUCCCCUUUCCAGGCCAAAGGGAAUACGGCAGCCCCUUCUUUGGAGACCUAAGUCUAUUGGCCGUCAAGGAGACAUUGCACCUUUUCUUUUUUUAAAAAAGAUUUUAGUCAUCAAUUUGUUUGAUGUUGUUUUAUCAGGAUUUUUAAGUGGUGGAAAAAAUGGCCACAUGGCUUUGGUGACAAGAAGAUGUAAACUGCUGACCCCUUUAAUCCUGCGUUUGGCAGUGUUAGGGGGAAAAACCAUUCUUGAUUCCACACAGGUAAGUCCAUUGUGGUCUUUGAUGAUCUUAGAGCAUGGGCCACCAAUGGCAUGGACUCUGGAGACCAGUAGCAGAGACACAUUUGGGACCAAGCUAAGGCAUUGACUCCACCAAGGACUUUCCUGAUUCAACUGCCUUUAAAAGACAAACUCUUAAACAAUGCUGUAUUGUAUAGGGAAAACUCCCUGUGUUUACAGACUCCAUCCUGUGGCUAGGCCAUUUUUAUGAAAAGUUAGUUAAUCGCCUCUUCGUUCCAUUUUAAAGAUGUUUUUUAUGUCUGGUCCCCUUGCAAGACAGGGUGGUGAGCAGGCUCUCUUGCCUGCUCAGAUUGGCAGCCAGUGCUGCCCUUUUGUGGUCUGUCUCUCUGUGAUGGCAUUAACACAGGUUGAAACAUUUCGUGGCAUUCAGAAUCAGCUAUCGAACACUGGUUCCUGAAGGCUAAAUAUUUUUUAUGCAUAUUGUCUUUUUAAUCCCAGGGCAUUUAUUUCCUGUGAAAUAAACACUUGGUGACCUUUAACCAA